AUGGUAGAUGAAAAGAGACAAAAGCAAAAUGGUAAACUGUUUGAAGGCCAAUCAUGGCCUGAAUACACGUUGAUAACCAGAAAGACUCCCCGGCGUCGGCGCACGCUCGGCGGCUGGCGGCGGGAACGCGCGGCGGGCCGGGCGCGCCCGCGCCCCCGCCCCCGCGGGUCCGACCGCCGCACGCCAGCGGCGCCCUCUCGGCCGCGCACACUCACACUCGCACGCACACGCUCCUCCGGCCCCGCCAUGUUCCGGGAGGCGGCGGCAGCCCAGCCCCGACAGCCGCGGCGCCGGGGACAAGCUCGAAACCGCGCCCCUCCUUCCUCCUUUCCUGUCGCCACGCCCCCCUCACCCGUACGGACCCGAGGCAAGGCCGGCGCAGGAGGCUUCACCCCCGGAACGAGUGCCUCGGCGUGGCCGUCGCUGUCGUUGUCUUCGUCGCCGCUGCAACCGCCUGUAACGCCGCCGGAGCCGGGCUUGAAAACAUCUCCGGUCUCGGUCCGUCUCUCACCACAGCCUCCUCGCUCCCAGGACAGCGUCGCCCCGCAAUUGGCUGCGACGCGAGCACGUGACACCCGCGGACACGUGACUACCGCGGGCACGGGACGGGCGGCGUGACCGCCCCGCCCCCCGGCGCCCGCCCCUCCUGCUGCUCAGCCAGGCUCCGCGAGCCGCAGGGCGGGGAAGCGAGACGUACCAAGCGGCAGGCGGCGGAGGGUUGCGGGCCGGAACUCCGCCCUUCGUGCUGGUCGGUCUCCACGCCCCACUCGGGCUAGUGUCACCGCCUCCCCGCCGCAGACAGCAUCCGACAAAGGAGGGGGAAAUCAAAGGCUGGGCGAAGAGGUAGGGCAGGCGCCGCUGACGCUGCUGGGCAAGCGGGCUCUGCAGUAGCAUUUGUGGCGACCGUGGCAGUGGCUGUGACUGGAAGCUUCUGGAAAUGGCGGCGGCGAUGAAGACCCCCACAUAGGGUAUUCACCUGUUAUUUUUACACGGGGUGGGUGGACGAGCGUGAUCCAACUCAGGCAAAAUGACGCUGCGACCGCAGCCCGAGUACUAGGCGAAGUUCCCCCGCUCAGCCGGCGGCGGCCGCCUGGCCCCGCACCAAGCCGGAGAAGCUGUACCUGCGCCCAGAGCCCGCGGCCUCCUGCCUCAGGUGGGGCCCUGGGCCCUGCCCCGAAAGCGCGGUAGCGUGCACCUGCCCUGGGACCUGAGGAUCUAGAGCGCGUCCCCUCCCAGCCACGCCUUCCAGUGGCCUUUUUAGAGGAAUUCAGUGCACUUUCCCACACGUAGUGUUGGGGAUUUGAGAGGGAGCUGUUGAGGUACUAGGAAGGGUGCCUGAGGAAAAUUGACCGUCGCAGCGUGGCAGCAGCGUGUACUCACUCCCUUCUGGGCGCGUGUUAUUUACGUAGAGGUUAAUCUGCAACAACAGCGUCUGUUUAUGACUUAGUGCAUGCAGUUACAAACUUAUGUUACACUGUCCUUUAACAUCUUGAUGAACUGAGGGUUCAGGUGUGAUCAUAGCAGAUGAAGUGACAUUCAGACCUGACAGGGACGGCGAGGUCCCAUCAAAUUACUAUAUAAAGCAUAAACCUGCAUUAAAGAUCAGGAGUUUUUCCUUUCCUGGGUUCCUGAUUUCUCCCACCUACAAAUCUUUAGGGUCAAAAAGACUAGAAAAAGAGCACCUUACGGCUAGAGGUGGAAUAGUGUUACAUUUAAUUUGGUUAUUUAUGAUGUGAAAUACAAAGAAAAAAAUAGUCGCCUAUGAGAAAGUCAGGAGAGCUCCAGGGUAGGACAUUUUCAUUGUUACUUUUUUGUGCCACUUGGAAAAUUAACUGUUGUUUACCUUCUCUCAAUUAAAAAAAAAAUUCUUAAAGACAUA